AUGACGGUAGGAAUAGCAAGAAAAUUAAGUCGUACCAAACCACACAGAGAUGCUCUUUUGAAGAAUCUUGUUUCACAAUUAUUUCAACAUGGAACUAUCGUCUCGACGCAUGAGAAAUGUAAGGAGGCCUCUAAGCUGGCUGAGAGGUUGAUCACAUUCGCCAAGAAAGUGAAGGAUGAUCCUAAAUCCCCGUUACGCAAAGAGAUACAGUCCAAGUUGUUCUUAUCGGGUGACAACUCCAAAUUGAUGUCGAAGCUACUGAAUGAGAUUGGACCUAGAUAUCUGAAUAGACCUGGUGGAUACACUAGAGUUAUGCAUUUGGAAAAGAGGUUGGGUGAUAGGGCAACUCAGUCUGUCUUGGAGCUGGUGGAUUCACCUGUCAUCGAUGCAAAUGGAGGAUUGACUAGAGGGAAUUUGAAGCUUUGGUUAUUAGCGUCCUACACUAUUAAUGAUGAGAUAGCAUCUAAAGCUUAUAAAGAAUUGACAUUACAGAACUUAUUUAAGGAAGCACAAUAUAAACCUAAGGAACAAUUUACAAAGGAGAUGCUGGCGAUAAGGAAAUACUUGAAGGAAGAAAAGAAAUUAGAAUGGAAUGAAGAAGUGGAAAAGGACCGAGUGAGUAAGUUAUUAGAUAAAGUAUACAAUACUAAGAAAAAGUCGCAGGAUGUCGGCACUAAAAUGGGGAGAGGGGGGUAUACACUCUUAAAGAACAGGCCAAAGAGGAUAGCGGAACUUUGA